AAAAACUUUCUGUCAUACGUUCGAUCCAGUGCGAGUGUUGUGCUCAUUGAACAUUCUUCUACGAGGUCAAUAUACUUUGAGGCAAGGGAUGGCAUCCGCUGUAGCGAAAACCCCAAUGCUUCGUGCGGCUGCGGCCCGUGGAUUUGCAGCUCAGGCCCAGGCAGCUGCCGCUAGCCGUAGUUCCGCCGAUGUUCAAUGCACUAACCUGCCGAACAAGUUGGCGGUUGCUUCCACUGAACCAAAUGCUGCCGUGGCUCGGGUUUCCAUUGUUUAUCGCGCUGGAUCCCGUAACGAGACUGCCGACAAUUUGGGCGCAUCUCACGUUCUGCGUACCUCGGCUGGUCUGACGACAAAAUCUGCGACUAGAUUCGGGAUUAUGCGCAAUUUGCAGCAGGUUGGAGGAUCGUUGACUGCCACUGGAGAUCGUGAGUUGAUCACUUACACGGUGACCGUUACAAAGGAUCACUUGGAGACCGGUUUGAAGUAUUUGGAAUCGGCCGCUACUCAGCAAGUGUUCAAGCCCUGGGAGCUGUCUGAUUUGAAUACAAUGAUUAGGGGUGACAUUGCUCGCGUUCCAGCGGAAGUCAAGGCCGUUGAAGCCCUGCAUCAGGCUGCUUUCCACAGUGGAUUGGGAAAUUCGGUGUACUGUCCGAAGUACAAUGUCGGCAAGCACUCGUCGGAGACUAUGCAGCAUUUCUUCGCCAACAACUGCACCACCAACCGUACGGCCGUUGCUGGAGUUGGUGUCGAUCAUCAGCUUUUGGUUGGGUUCGCUCAAAGUUUGCAUCUGGAAUCGGGCGGUGGUGCUGAGAACAAGUCUUCCUUCAACAGCAGUGAAGUUCGCCAUGAACGUGGAGGAAACCGAGCGUCUGUGGCCGUCGCUGUUCAUGGCGUUGGGUGGAAUAAUCUGAAGGAUUGUCUGGCGUUUAUCGUUCUACAAUCGGCUUGUGGAAUGGGUCCUGUCACGAAGAGGGGUGCGAAUAACGGUGCAUUGACUAAGCAAUUGGGAGAAAAGGUAGCUUCCAGUGCUCUCUGUCCGACUUACACCGACGACGGCUUGUUUGGAUUCAUCGUGACCGGUAAAGCCAAGAAGGUUGGUAAGGCCGUUGAAGACGGCGUCAAGGCGCUCAGGUCUCUGAACGUGAGUGAUGCCGAUGUUGCACGAGGAAAAGCUGUCACGCUCGCAUGGGUGCUGGAUUAUCUGGAGAAUCACUCCACCUUGGCGUUCGACUUGGGCGAACAGGCUGCCUUGCUGGGACAAAUUUACAAAAAGGGUGAGCUGGCCGCUGCUGUUAAUUCCGUUACUGCCAGCGAUGUUCAAGCUGCUGCCCGUAAGGUUGCGUCCGGAAAGCUGGCUAUCGGCGCGGUUGGCAAUUUGUCCAGUGUACCAUAUUUGUGCAACUUGCACUAAGCUGGGAAACGCAGUGUGUGGUCUGUAGUUGGAUAGGAAAUUACCAUUUCCACAUGUUGCAACUGUUUAUUGUAUCAAUUCAUAUGGCGGAAAAUUGAAACAUAAAGUACUCGUGGAAAAUCUAUGGUCUACAA